UUCGGCAGUUGGGGCGCACAGGUUGCAGCAGCAGCAGUUGUUACAGCAGGCGGAAGCUUUUGCUGCUUGUGGAAGACACACAACGGGGAAAGCAUGCAAUCACUCGCAUUUCUUUCCUUUCGUCGUCGUCGCCGCCGUCAUCUUCCCAGCUGAGCCGGUGAUUAAGUCGAAAGCUCAUUCGGGUUUAUUUAGGAUACCACCACCACAGCGGCUCAGUGACGUUCUUCACCCCCUCCAUCCCUCACAAUCUUUUGGCUCAAACAAUCGCAUCUCGAAGGGUCCUGGUUUGUUGGUGCUGUUGCUGUUCAUGUUAAGGUGGAUCCGGUGGCGACAAAUCAGAGUAGCAGAGCAUACCGAAGAACGCCGCAGUCAAAGUAACGAGAAGGAAGGAACAUUUUUCGCUGCUGCGAAAGAGACAGACGUUUCACUGACAGCAGCAGGGCAGCGCUGCCAACCUAGCCGCGAGACAUGCCGUGCGAUGACUGAACAGAAUUCGUACUGUCAAACCGCUUCAUUGAAAAGCAAUCACCUUCGAAGCACUCGUCCAAUUGUUGCGUGAAUUUCACCCGAAAUAACUGAUCCACAAACUGCUGUCCCUCCGUAAUCGCCGCAGGACGUAUUUAACGCUGAAUCACUUCACUGGCAGAACGUGACCUGUUUGCAUCCAGUGCAUCCAGAGGGCAACCAAGCAUCAGCAACAACCGCAACAACAACACCAGCACGGCAAACAGUGUAAAGGCACAGUACAAGAGCACAGUUGCGACGCGAGAUGGCUGGCGCUAUGAUGAUCGACCGUGCCCAAUCGCACUCCCUGAACCGGCAGGACAUGACUAACUUUGCCCGCGACCUGGAGGUGGACGAAAACGACGAGGAACAGAUCCGACAAAAGGAACAGAAAAUUCUCGAACUCGGCGAAACGUACAAGAAGGAGGGCAAGGCCAAGGAGCUGGCCGAUCUGAUCAAAGUGACCCGCCCGUUCCUGAGCUUCCUGAGCAAAGCGAAAGCGGCCAAGCUGGUCCGUUCGCUGGUGGACCUGUUCCUGGAUCUGGAGGCCGAAACGGGCAUCGAGGUGCAGCUGUGCAAGGAAUGCAUCGAGUGGGCGAAGCAGGAAAAGCGCACCUUCCUGCGACAGUCGCUCGAGGCGCGGCUCAUUGCGCUCUACUUCGACACGGGCAUGUACACGGAAGCGCUGAACCUUGGCAGCCAGCUGCUGAAGGAGCUGAAGAAGCUGGACGACAAAAAUCUGCUCGUCGAGGUACAGCUGCUGGAGAGCAAAACGUAUCACGCCCUGAGCAACUUGCCGAAAGCCCGUGCUGCUCUCACGUCCGCGCGUACCACGGCCAAUGCAAUCUACUGCGCACCGAAGGUUCAGGCCACGCUCGAUCUGCAGUCGGGCAUUCUGCAUGCGGCCGACGAGCGCGACUUCAAAACCGCCUUCUCGUACUUCUACGAAGCGUUCGAAGGGUUCGAUUCGGUGCAGAGCAGCAAAGCGCUGACGGCGCUCAAGUACAUGCUGCUGUGCAAGAUUAUGCUCGGCCAGUCGGAUGACGUGAACCAGAUCGUCAGUGGCAAGCUGGCGAUUACGUACUCCGGGCGCGAUAUCGACGCCAUGAAGGCGGUCGCGGAAGCAUCGCACAAACGCUCCCUGGCCGACUUUCAGGACGCGCUGAAGCAGUACAAGAAAGAGCUGGAGGAUGAUGUGAUUGUGAAGGCGCACCUGGGCACACUGUACGACACGAUGCUCGAGCAGAACCUGUGCCGCAUCAUCGAACCGUACUCGCAGUGCGAGGUGAGCUUCAUCGCGGAACAGAUUGCCCUGCCCAUCGCCCAGGUCGAGAAGAAGCUGUCACAGAUGAUCCUGGACAAGAAGUUUAGCGGCAUCCUGGACCAGGGCAUCGGUGUGCUGAUCGUGUUCGAGGAAACGCCGGUCGACAAAACGUACGAGACUGCACUGGAAACGAUACAGCACAUGGGCAAGGUGGUCGACACGCUCUACCAGAAGGCAAAGAAGCUGACGUAAAACGAGUGGAGGAAGAAGAUGAAGAAGGAGGAGGAGGAGGAGGUGUGUGUGAGUGAGUGUACGCGGUUGUCCCUCACGAGACCCGCAAAACGGUUAGCGCAUAAUGCAAGUUAAUUAAUUUGUCUACCAUCUUAAAGCUCCCUCUGCUCUUUAUGUAGUAUUGUCUUUUUUUUUUUGUUCAAUUCAAAGAAACCAAAAUCUUUUGUUUUUUUUUUGCUGAACGAUCCAAACAACAAACAUUCUGGUUCAGACUAUCCGUUCCACACGAAGCCAAUCCGACUGAUGAUGAGCGUGUAAUGUUUAUCUCAAUUUCUCUAACCUUAGAAUUGGCCCAAGAGUUGAAAUUUGGAAAUAGAGAUUGGUUGGCAAACACUAAAA